AUGGCCAGAGUGAAGCAGAAGAAGUCCAAGCCUCAGCACCUGAAGAUCAACAGCAGUGUGGGGAGCUGUGAGAACCUCCCUACCCAACGCUCACCCCUCCACUCCUCUGACCAUCGCUCACUCCGUUCCUUCUUCUUCCCCACCUUCAUCCCCUCCACUCCCCCCGUCCACUCCGAUGCAACUCGUCUGGUACGGACUGAAUCGGUACCAUGUGACAUCAACAACCCGCUCAGGUACACAGACCUGCACAUCAGUCAGACGCUGCCCAAAACCAACAAAAUCAACAAGGAUCACAUCCCUGUCCCGUACCAGCCAGACUCCAGCAGUAACCCCUCCUCCACCACCUCCUCCACACCUUCCUCACCCGCUCCACCCCUCCCUUCCAGUGCCACCCCUCCCUCCCCCCUACACCCUUCCCCACAGUCAGCACGGCAACAGAAACAGUUCAACUUCACAGCUUCUUCUUACUUCAAAUACAAGCAGCAGUUCAUCUUCCCAGACGUGGCCCCGGCACCAGAGGCUCCUAACAGAACACCCCAGGUCAUCCUUCACCCUGUCCUGUCUGAGCCUGGAAUCGAGGUGAACCCUUUAAACCCUUUACUACAGAUUGAAGUUGAACCGACAUCAGACAAUGAGGAGGGCAACGAUGAGGCGGAGUACUCGGAGGAUGAGUUUGAGGAGAUGAACCUGUCUCUGCUGUCAGCCCGUAACUUCCCCCGUAAAGCCAGCCAGACCUCCAUCUUUCUCCAGGAGUGGGACAUCCCCUUCGAACAGCUAGAGAUAGGGGAGCUCAUCGGGAAAGUUGCACUUCUUCCCUCAGCUGGGGCUCAGUCACCUGGGGCCCAAAGAGGGGAGAGUAAAGAAAUUAACCACCACACCUCUCUAACCUCUAAGUUACAGUACCUUCUGCCCUCUUCAGGUCGCUUCGGCCAAGUUUUCCACGGGCGCUGGCAUGGCGAGGUGGCCAUCCGCCUCAUCGACAUCGAGCGUGACAAUGAGGACCAGCUCAAGGCAUUCAAGAGGGAGGUGAUGGCCUACCGAAACACUCGGCACGAGAAUGUGGUCCUCUUCAUGGGCGCCUGCAUGAGCCCUCCACACCUGGCCAUCAUCACCAGCUUGUGUAAGGGAAGGACUCUAUAUUCGGUGGUGAGGGAUGCCAAAGUCAUCCUGGAUGUCAACAAGACCAGACAGAUCGCCCAGGAGAUGGUUAAGGGGAUGGGCUAUCUCCAUGCCAAGGGGAUCCUACACAAGGAUAUGAAGUCCAGGAAUGUCUUCUACGACAAUGGCAAAGUGGUCAUCACAGACUUUGGACUUUUCACCAUAUCUGGGGUUCUGCAAGCUGGCAGCCGUAGAGAGGACAAACUGAGAAUCCCCAGUGGAUGGCUUUGUCACCUGGCCCCUGAAAUAGUCUCUCAGCUCUCCCCUGAAACAGAGGAGGACAAGCUGCCUUUCUCCAAACAGUCAGAUGUCUUUGCUUUCGGCACUAUCUGGUAUGAGUUGCAUGCACGUGAGUGGCCUUACAAGAACCAGCCAGCAGAGGUUAUCAUCUGGCAGGUGGGCAGUGGGAUGAAGCCCAACCUCACACAGAUCGGCAUGGGCAAAGAGAUAUCGGUGUUCAGAAUGAGCAUCUUCAUUCCUGGAAUGUUCUUGGAAUAA